AUGGGAUUGCUGCAAUUUGUCUUGACCCUUGCGACCGCAUGCCAUGCGGUCAACGGGCUCGAUGCUGAAGUCGUCUCUGGGCGUGUGGCGUCGCCACGGGUGGAUGCUAUGCGGCGCGACUACAAUGCCAAAGCAUCACACUCUUUGCCCUUGAGAAAGGGUGUCAGGAAGCCGGGCCCGGGAAGCGCUCUUCAGCGGAGACAAAAUGGCACAGCGCAAGUGGUCAACCACAAUGACUUGUACUACAUCGUGGACAUUGAGGUCGGCGACCAGACCAUCCCGGUGAAUGUCGAUACUGGAUCGAGCGACACGUGGUUCGUCCAGGCCCCGUUUCAGUGUGUCGACAUGAUCGGGAUUCCUCGACAGGUCCGACAUCAGAUGAAGCACUGCGGCUUCGGCUCCGGCUUCAACGGCAACUUUUCGGGCGGUGCCAUCCCCAACAUCCGCUUCUCCCGCUCGUAUGGAGACGGAACCUUCGUCUCAGGUUACUUUGGGUACGAGGACGUCACCCUGGGCGGGCUCAAGGUGCCGCACCAGCAGCUCGCCAUGGUCAACUUCACCUACUGGUGGGGCGAGGGCCUGACAUCCGGCCUGCUGGGCCUCGCCUACCCGUUCAUGACGGGCAUCGAUGAGCCGUCGCAGCAGUACGACCCCAUCUUCACAAACAUGUGGAAGCGGGACAAGUCCGUGGCGCCCAUGUUCAGUCUCGCGCUGUCGCGGGAGGACCCGGCCGCGAAGACCGAGAGCAGCUUGCUGGCGUUUGGGGGUGUUCCUCGCGGGGUCGACUACGAUGAGGACUCGUGGGCCAAGGCGCCGAUUCAGUCGAUGGAGAUGAUGCAGGGAUGGGGCAUCGACAAGCCCGAGCGCGGCCUCUACCUUAUUAUCGCGGACAACUUUAUUUACGGGCCGCGGAAUGGGACCGCAGAGGAUGCAAAAACGCUGCAGCUGGGCUCUCCAGCGAGUCUGGAUGGCAUGACGACGAAUUUGACACAGUUCCCUGUGCUGAUAGAUGCUGGGUCGACGAUGACCAGAUUGCCGGCCGCCAUGGCUCGAGAAGUAUUCGCCGCCUUUGAUCCGCCGGCAGAGUAUCUGUAUAGCGAGGGUGCUUGGUAUGCCGAUUGCAAGGCCAAAGCUGCAGCCUUUGGCGUCACCAUUGGGGGCAAGACUUUUUGGAUCCAACCCUCGGACCUACUACGACAGAGUACUCGAGACCGGGAGACGAAAUCCAAGUGCCGUGUGGGCCUCUACGACGACGAGGUGCCUCCGUACGUACUGGGCAUCACCUUUCUAACCAAUGUCGUAGCGGUGUUUGACGUGGGCGCGACGGAGAUGCGAUUUGCAGCUAGGAAACAUUACUGA